AAUACUGCCCGCUGGGGUGACGCUUUGUCCUUACGGAAUGAUCGAUCUUAUCGAUAUCCACUUUUGGAAUGCGGGCGGAAAGCAUGAGGGCGCCACAGGGCUCAUCUUACUUCAAAUUCCAACGUUUAAUAUUAGCUAGCAUACAGAGAAGCUGCAAUAAUAUGGAGCAUAUAGCUCAUAGGAGCAUGUGCUAACUCUAUUUCCGUUCUAAUUUUGUUAGUAAAUUUCUUAGGAUAUUUAUCGGACGAAUUCGCGCUAAACGUAGCGUGCGCUAUUCAUAAAUAUGGCUGAAGCUUCUCAAGGAACAUGGGCACAAGAUAGAAACGUUUCAAGAAAGAAUUUGCGCCAUGAAAAACGCUUGAAAAAGCAGCUCGACGUCUUAGAGAAGGAAAGAAAUUGGAAGAGCAAGUCUUUAGAAGCUGAUAAAAGAUGCUUUGAGGARAAGGUGCACAGAUUGAAUAUGAGCCCAACUGAUCGCGCACAUUUGGCCAAAGACACGAAAGACAUGGUGGCUGGUGACAAGAAAAAAGAAUUGGAUCGUCUGCUGAAAAGUUUACUGCACAGACCUUACGAAACUAGGGCCGGGUAUUCGUACAUCGAAUAUCUGUCAAGAAACAUGCAGCCGUUAGUGAAGAGGCCUCUUCAAUGGGGUGUUAAUCCACCUUUAUCACCAAGGACGCAGUUUAUAUCUGUUGAUGCGUGCCAGCCAAAAACAGACCGGAAGCCAAACGAGUUUUUGACAAGAAUCGAAGGGCAAACUGUGGCUCUAAAUCAACGAGUCACCGUUCCAAUUAAAAGAAAAGAAAGAUUCAAACCUGAACAAGUAGUUUUACCUCCAAUAUCAGCUAAACCAAAAUCACAAGUUACUAGUAAAUACUCAGAAAUCAUUUCCGAGACAAAGACAUCUUCUUUGCGUGAUGAGAAGGUUAAAGAAAAGGUUUUGAAGCUUGAAAAUCAAACAAAGAUGAGAAAGAAAUCUAGACAAAUGGAUAACAAAAAUACAAACACACAAGAAAAAGUUUCAAAUGAACCAGUUAAAAAUCUACCCUCGUCAUCUCUUGAGUCAAAAGAAAUGGAAAAUACAGAAACUGUGCCGAAAGAGGAUGUUUUUGUGACGAUGGUUAGACUAGAUGUACCAACGCCAAACUAUUAUCAUUUAGAGGCGCCAAUGAUAAAAGACGAUGUACCGUGUGAUGAACAAAGCGAUGGAACAAGUACGCCUGAAUUAGAGAGCCGCAGCCAAGGAUAUUAUACUGUUACUAUCGGUCCACGAGAUAGCAGGAGAAAAUCUAUAUAGAAAUUACAAAGAAUGGUCUUUAACAAACAGAUUUCGUGACUCUUUAAUGGGGGUAAUUUAACUAGAAUCUGUGCGUUCGGUCAGAGUUAUGUAACAGCGCUUAAAAUGUAACAUUAAAGUGGCCUUCCGUUGUAUUU